AUGGACAACAACCGACCAGUAGCUCAGCCCCCAGGGGUGUUGGUGGACGAAAAGAAUAUCAAUAUCGACUCGACAGAAACAAGCAGGACCAUCUUGAAGUUCGAGACCGACGAUCCUGACAACCCAUACAAUUGGUCAAGUAAGAAGAAGCUAUUCAUAGUUUUUGUCGCCACCAUGCUCCUCUUCAACGGCACACUCGCUUCAUCUCUACCGGCGAACGUAAUUACUCCCAUGAGCGCCGAUUACGGAAUAGACAACACCCAAGGCAAUCCUGAACUAGCCCUCCCCAUCUCGCUAUUUCUCGUCGGUUAUCUUUUUGGCCCGUUAGUCUUUGGACCCCUCUCAGAACUUCAAGGUCGAAAAUAUGUCGUGCAGGCUGCGUUUGCCGGAUAUACCAUUUUCACACUCGCCUGCGCUCUAGCACCAAACUGGGCUUCGAUGCUCGUGUUUCGACUCAUGUCUGGCAUUUUCGCUAGUGCACCUUCUGUUGUUGGCGGCGGUAUGAUGGCAGAUAUUUACAGCGACUUGACUAUCCGAGGUCGAGCUUUUACGUGUUUCUUCGCUGUGAGUAUCUGUGGACCGCUAAUUGCUCCAACGAUAGCGGGCUAUGUUUCUGAGGUUUCGUGGAGAUGGGCGUUUUGGGUUGGUUUGAUCGUUGCAGGUGUCACGGUGCCGCCUCUGGUGUUUUUGCCAGAGACCUUUGGACCUACUAUCCUUGAACGACGAGCAAAGAGGAUACGAAAGGAUGCCCGUGCAACAGGAGAGGGCAAUCCCGAAACUUAUGCUGCGAUUGAAUUGGAAGCAAAAGGUUGGAAGAACAUGAUGAGCGUUGUUCUGGUUCGUCCUGUGCAGAUGCUUUUCACAGAACUUAUCGUUGCUGCAACAAGUCUCUACAUUGCAUUGGCAUACAGUAUUUACUACAUGUUCUUCCAGACAUACCCUAUUGUUUUCAAGGGUAUCUACGGUAUGUCCACCAAGACAAGCGGCCUUAUGUACUUCCCCAUCAUAGGCGGAGUCUUUCUGGGGAUGAUCAUCUUCUUCCUUUGGGACGCUUAUUAUACCCGAUGCAAGAAGGAGGGUCGAACAUGGGCACAGAAGACCGAGUUCAGCAGACUUCCUCUCGCAUGCAUAGGUGGUCCUUUGUUGGUGAUAUCACUCUUCUGGCUCGGCUGGACUGCACGACCAGAAAUAUCCUGGAUCUCCCCCAUGACUGCUGGUGUUCCAUUUGGAGCAACUCAAAUCCUAAUCAACAUGUCUUUGACAAAUUAUCUCGGCGAUUGCUACGGAGUCUACUCGGCCUCUGCAAUGGCCAUAGGGUCAUGUCUCCGAAAUCUCGCCGCUGCUGGACUUUGUCUUGCUGCAGCGCCGAUGUACACUGCGCUCAAUGUUGGAUGGGCUACGACUAUUCUUGGGAUUGUUAGUGUUUUUAUGUGUGCGAUUCCGUUUGUUUUUAUUCGGUAUGGGGAGUAUAUCAGGGAAAAGAGUGUGUUUUAUCAAAAGUUGAAAAAGGAUAUGGAAAAGGCUAGGGGUGAUAUAGAAAGCGAGUAA